CUUCCUGCCUGGCGGCGGAGUGGGGCGGAGACCAGGCUUGCUCUCGGGGGCGUCGUGCCGUUCCUGCGCUCGUUGCAUUGCAGGCAGCUGAGACCUCAUCGAAGGGGAGAUGGCAGCGAACAUGGAAAAAUUGCCUGAACACCUUCUGUUGGAUAUCUUGUCCCUGGUUCCAGCAAGCGACCUGAUUUGCAAUUGCCGGCUGGUCUGCUCUCAGUGGCGGGACUUGGUAGACCUGCCGGUUCUGUGGAAGCGCAAGUUCCAGAAAAGGGACAGCGACUCUUCUCCAAAGCCAUUGGCUUUCUACAUUUUUUCCCGCCUAGAGAAGAACUUAAUCAAGAACCCUGAUGGCCAAGAUGGCCUGGACUCCUGGGAAAUCCAGACACCUGCUGAGGGCCACUGGGAAACUGAGGAACUGUCCAUAGAAGACUCAAAAAGUAUCCGUGGGAGAAUUGGCCCUUUUGAAAUGGACACUUUUGGGGAGAGUGAUGAAGAUGAAGAAGAAGAUGUUCCUGUUCAGCUCUACAAAUGCUUUGCUGCACGUAACGGGCCCUGCAGCAAGUCUCAGCUCAUCACCUUGAAGGACGAAGGCUAUUGGGAUGAAUUGAUGGAUGAAGCCAGACCCAAGAUUGUGUUGAAGGACUGCUUUUCAAGUGGGCCUGGUUCACGCUAUAAACUGACUGUGAAGCUGUUGUCUGCAGACUCUGAAGUCCUUAAAGAACAUCAAUUUCCAUUUGAAGAAUCUCAUGUGCCAUCGUGGUUCCCGGUUUAUCGCGCUAUUAACAGCUACCCUCCAGGUGUCCGUCAUAUCCUCUUUGAACACAAAGGGCACAAGGGAGCCUGUCGUCCCAGCCUCCGUACGUUCCUCUUCCCAGAGCAAGGCCCAAGUGAAGACAGGGAGCCGUCCUGGGGUGGACUGAGGGUGUUGCAAAGCAGCGUCACACUUCACCCACCACCGUGGGCAACAGUGGAUUACGAUUACGACUCCGACUACUUAGAUUACCACGAUCCACCGGAGCAUUCCAGCAGUGACGAAUCGCCUUGUGGUUUUUCUUACAGUGGGGGUGAUUUCUGGUACAGUGAUAACUGGUAAAAAGCCGCCGCCCCGCCCCUCUUAGCGCCGCCAUCCCUUCCCUUACCUGCACAAAAAUUUGCACCCAGUUGUAGCUUCGAUUUUGGGUGCUCUUUGCUUCUCUCAACCUGUAUCUCUUGCAGAUGCCCUGUUUCGAUAUAUCUGUGAUCUAGAAGCAUGUCUGAAUAUGAAAACAAGGCAAGAGAUGGGCUGGCUAGGAGGCUGGUGAAAACGGACUCUCUUUUUUAUUUUUUAAGUGAGAUGGUUUUGGGAUAGCAAGGGGUCCUCUCCGCCCCCCCCCCCAUUGCAUAGGGCACAUCGCAACAAUGGGUGGCAACCUGAACUUCUUUUCUAUGGUUUAAUGCUGAAGAUCAUGGCAUAGAUGGAUCUAAAAAGAGACCCCCUAUUUUAACCCUGUGUGUUGAACGGUUCCGGAACCUCUGCUAAUGCCAUCUUAAUUGGGAAACACUUGCCUGCGAGCGCUCCACUUGGAAAUCAGCCUUUACCGAAGGUUUCAUGGGCUUUGAAGACACUCGAACUCAGGACGCAAGGGAGAAACGUGCUAAGAGGAAGGCACGCUUG